GUGGCAGAACAUGCACUUGUAGAAGAAUCAUUUGAAGCAAAUGCUCGUGAUUAUACGAAGAUAAUCCAUUAUUAUGGCAAACAAAAUCGACUUCAAGAUGCUGAAAAUCUUCUUACGGUCAUGAAACAAAGGGGCUUCAUCUGUGAUCAAGUAACUCUGACUACCAUGGUUCACAUGUACAGUAAGGCUGAUCAUCUUCAGAAGGCCAUGGAAUAUUUCGAGGAGAUCACAUUGCUUGGAGAACCUUUGGAUCAAAGAUCAUAUGGUUCAGUGAUAAUGGCCUACAUCAGAGCUGGCAUGCCUCGACAAGCGGAAAGUUUACUUAAAGAAAUGGAUGCACAAGAGAUUCAUGCAGGCAGUGAAGUUUACAAAGCAUUACUAAGAGGCUACUCUAUGGCUGGCGAUACUGAAGGAGCUGAAAGGGUUUUUGAUGCAAUCCAGUUGGCCGGUAUGCCUGAUGAUAAAAUGUGUGGGCUUGUUAUCAAUGCCUAUGGAAAAGCUGGGCAAAGUCGAAAAGCUCGAAUUGCAUUUGAGAAUAUGAGAAGAGCAGGUAUUGAAGCUUCAGAUAAAUGCAUAGCUUUAGUGGUUGCAUAUGAAAAGGAAAACAAGCUUAAUGAAGCGUUAGGGUUUCUGAUGGAUUUGGAGAGAGAUGGCAUUGUUGUUCAGAAAGAAGGUUCAGAGAUAUUAGCUCGGUGGUUCCGAAAACUUGGGGUGGUGGAAGAGGUGGAGCUUGUUUUGAGAGAUUUUGCUGGCAGAGAAGCGAGUGUGGAUCAUGCCUCAAAGAAGAACUCGUUUCUGAAAAGUUAUUAACUUUUUUUCCCAUCAUCCCGACAGUUCUUCAAUGAACUGUAUUCACUUUCAGCCAUCUAUGGACGCGGAGAAAGUUUGUAUCCUUCUGUAUAUUCCUGCCGAGGCCGAUGCAUAAAAUUCUCGUAGCAGGAA